AUGGCGCGGGCAGCAACUGUCCCGUUCCUCGCAGGCCCGCAGGCCUGGGGCCGCUUCCGCAGCCAGCCAGGGCCCCGCAGCAGCGUGCUGGGGCCCCGCCUGCCGCCGCACCGGCAUCCUCAACUGGGCCGCAGGCCCGCGCCACACGUGGUGGUAGUGGCCAGCAGCACCGCGGCCGCGGCAAGUCCACCGCCGAGCAGCAAUGGCGGCAGUGGGCAGCAGAAAGGGGCCGAGCCGCCCCAGCCACCACCGCCGCCGCCGCCUUCGGUGCCUGAGCUGCAGAUCACAGCCUAUCACUACGCCAUGUUCUUUGCGCUGCUGGGCGGCGGCCUGCUGUUCCUGGCGCUGCUGCUGUACUUCACGGGUGACAUCGAGUUCCAGCGGGCGGUGGGCAAGGUGGUGAAGCGGCUGCUGAAGACGGGCGCGCUGCGCCAGCUGGCGGGCAUCCUGGGGGCCAUGGUGUUUGUGCGGUACGGCCUGGAGCCGCUCAUCAAGAACAUACGCGUGCUGAUGAAGGCGCAGGGCAGCUGGGAGAAGAGCAGCGAGUUCUACAUACUGCGGGAGCUGUACAAGCCCCUCGAGUUCCUGUUCCUUGUGGCCGCCUUCACCACGCUGGCAGAGAACUUCUUGCCGCAGCUCAUGAGCCUGCCCAAGAGCAUCGUGCAGACCGUGGUGCGCUCCACGCUGUCCCUCACAUUCGUCAUCGCCGCCGCGCGCGUCGUGUUCAACAUCAAGGGCCGCAUCAUCCGCGAGUCUGCAUGGCAGCUGGAGCUGAAGGGCGACGUGACGCGGCAGCGGCGGCUGGAGGCGGUUGACAAGCUGAUGAGCGUGCUGACGCUGGUGGUGGCGGCGGUGUUUGGGGUGCAGGCGCUGGGGCUGGAUGUGAACUCGGGUGAGGGGCGGGUGGGGGAUGAGGUGCUGUUCCGCCCCUCCAGCGGGCAAAUAGUGGAGGGCAUUGUGGUGGAUGUGGGGUGGUACCGCACCACCAUACGGUCCUUUGAGCGAGAGAUCUACAUGAUCCCCAACUCGGUGUUCACGCGCAGCGUGGUGCUCAACAUCACCCGCAAGAACCGGGAGUGGCGCUUCUACGAGUUCAUUGGCCUGCGGCUGGAAGACCUGCCCAAGGCCUCUGCCGUCGUGUCGGACGUGCGCAAGAUCCUGAGACAGGUGCGACGCGGGCGCGGUGGCAGUGGCAGGAGGAGGGGGAGGGCGCCAGGGCAGGGGCACUGA